AUGCCAGGCGUUUCGUUCACAGGCUUGCAGAUCAAUAACGUGCGGAACUCGAGCGGUGGACAAGUCAUAAGCCUCCAUUUCAGUCUCAUUCCAAAGCACGAGGAUGGUUAUUUGAGACAUUUGGCGACACCUGAGGAUUUCAACUGGGAAAAGUGGCGCAACCAGUUGAAGAUGGUGCGGUACAACCUUAGUGUGAGCGAUGAGCCGAUAGUAAUUAUCGGGCUAGCAAGAUCGUUACCUGGCAAUACUGAAUCUAUGGCAACGUGGUCAACUAUCGAGGGCAGGCUCCAGGAGUGCUCUGGGCAGCACCACUGUUCGGACAAGCACAAAGGAGGCCAACAAUGGUACGCAACUCGUUUGAUCCAGCUGGUCACACCGGAUUCAUUUAGGGUCAUCCGUUCCGACUCAGAGAUAUUCCAAAAAGGCAAAGGAUAUCUUGCACUGAGCCACCGAUGUGGCGACAGUGAAUUUUUGCAGCUUACGACAGACAAUGUUCCAGGCUUUGAACGGGGCUUGCCAACCAUGAGCCUCCGAAGAACGUUCCAAGACGCCUUGACUAUUGCUCAACGACUAGACAAAUACAUAUGGAUCGACUCCCUGUGUAUUAUCCAGUCCGGUGAUAAUGGUGCCGACUGGCGAACGGAAUGUACAACUGUUGGCAAGUACGACCCUCGUCACUUAAAAGGCUACUUUAGUUAUCCCCUCCGGGGCAUAUAG